AUGGGAAAGUUGUUUGAAAAUGUUGUGCCCAGAUCACGGAACCCCAAAAGAACCCGCUGCCGCCAAGGAAACGACUCACCGAAUUCAAGGACAAAGGUUUCUUUAUUUAUUCGAGGAUUGGAGCUGCAGCAAGGACCCCAUCUGUUCGAGAACAAACAGAUUCCCCACUUUCAACAGAGGGGUGUGAAAGCCAAGUCAGUUGUCCUUAUGAACCACUUGGGCCGGCCUGAUGGUGUUCCCAUGCCUGACAAGUACUCCUUAGAGCCAGUUGCUGCAGAACUCAAAUCUCUGCUGGGCAAGGAUGUUCUGUUCUUGAAGGACUGUGUGGGGCCAGAAGUAGGGAAUGCCUUUGCCAGUCCAGCAGCUGGCACUGUCAUCCUUCUGGAGAACCUCCGCUUUCAUGUAGAGGAAGAAGGGAAGGGAAAAGAUGAUUCUGGCAACAAGAUUAAAGCUGAGCCAGACAAAAUUGAUGCUUUCAGAGCCUCACUGUCCAAACUUGGGGAUGUCUAUGUCAAUGAUGCUUUUGGAACUGCACACCGAGCCCACAGCUCCAUGGUGGGUGUGAAUCUGCCACAGAAGGCUGGUGGAUUUUUGAUGAAGAAGGAGCUGAACUACUUUGCCAAAGCUUUGGAGAGUCCUGAAAGUCACUUCCUGGCUAUCUUGGGAGGAGCUAAAGUUGCAGACAAGAUCCAGCUGAUCAAUAAUAUGCUGGACAAAGUCAAUGAGAUGAUCAUUGGUGGUGGAAUGGCUUUCACCAGGCUG